AUGGGGAGGGCCUCCCGGGGGCUCCCGGGCACCACAGUCGCAACUGCUCUAACAGGUCGGCUGACGCAGAGCUGUCCGAAACCAGCACGAACGAUUUACCAGACCACAAAUUAUAUCUUGCGAUGGCAAGGACUGGUCGGACGAAUGACGCGGUUCCAGAUCGAUGGAAAGGACUGGUCGCAUGAACGACGCGGUUCCAGACCGAUCAAUGGACCGCCGGACCUCAAAGAGAAGAACCAACUUUCACCCAGACUGACGGGUGGCAAACCACAGGCACUUUGA